AAGUGAUUGCCUUUUUAGCCUCCCUAGCCAAUAAUUUCAUUCUGUUGUUUUGGAGGGGACAUCUGAGGUCACAGGAUGACAGAUAAAACGGGCAAUCCCUCAAUGAGGAGAGUCGGAAGUCUUCUGGAGAAGCCCAGCAGGACCACUCUCUGUCAUCAUGGAUAGGCUGGCCUUCUGCUGCCUACUCUUCACAGGACUCCUGUACCCACUCCUGUCCCUGCCCGUCACUGACACCGGUGAAAAGACCCUUCAGCUUCCAGUGCUUGAAGAAGAUGCUCGCCUGGCUCUGGAGGAGCUGGAGAGGACCGCCCUCCUGCAGACGCUGUUGAAGCAGACAUUGGGCACUGAGGCAGGUGAAGGACUCAGGGAGGCAGACCCCAGUGCUGGCACUCCAACCCUGCAGGGAAGCCUGAGAAAGGACUUCCCGUCUCAGGCGUUGUCUGGACAACACUCCAGCACCAUGUUGAGUCGUCUUCUGGCAAGAACCAGAAAACAACGUAAGCAACAUGGGACUGUCUCAGAAUGCUUCUGGAAAUACUGUAUUUGAAGAGAUACAAGCAUCCAUCCAUCUCCUCAGAACCACCACUUUAGAGAACUAAAAAGGAAGAAUGCCUGAAGAAAAAUCAGGCUAACUACACCCCACCCUUCAUUACUAUGAGAAAUAAAUCCUCUAUGUUUCUCAAGGA